GUAUCAAUGCAUUGUCGUCGAAACGAGCUUAUCCAUCUAACGGCAUGUGCCUGUCUUCCGUUUCUUCGUUGCAGCACUGAGCGCUGUGGUAUCUACCAUGCCUGCUCUUUUAUUUUCAGCUCCUUCCAUUAAUUGAUAGCGUAUCCCGGAACCACAUAGGAGAAUAUUAUCAAAUCCAAAGGGGCACCGCAGUUGGGCCAAUCAUAAAUACUAUUGCGGUUGCAACCCAUGCAAGAUUCUCGACACAAGAGCCAUCAACUGCAUACGGGGAUAACAGUCACUGGUUUUGAACCCAUCAAAUACUUUAAACCAUGGUUAGAAUACCAUGGCGUUUGCCGGGACCAUUUCCUUCUCUCUAUGAAUUCGGAAUGGAUAAUGAUGAUCAUGAUUCCGGUAUAAAUCUUGCCUUGGAGCAGCAUCGUAUAAAAAUUUCUUUUUGUCCCGACAUACAUACAAAAAUGAAUCCUUCUCCCGAUUCCGUCCAUAGAGCUCUAGCAUCUCUCUGUAUUAGAAUUAAGGGAGCAGCGCAAAUAUGUCUACCGGCCUUCUUCCACCUCCUAGUGGUGUGACACCAAAUUUCAACUCUGGGGCUUUGUCAGAAACCCAGGUAAAUUUUAUUCUUGCAUAUACUAUUACUCUUGCUCUUGCGAGUAGUACUCUUGGUAUUCGAUUGUAUACAAGAAUUAGUAUAAUGAGAUCUUUUGGUUUAGAUGAUGGUACGUUUCCCAUCAAGUUCGGACGUUUAUUUGGUACAGAUGCUAAUUGGGACUUAUAGUUGCGAUUAUUCUUUCUUUCGUAAGACAUUCGCUCUCUAUUUAUAAAAUCCGAUGAAGCUGAGUUUUAGUAGAUGUGCUCAAUUGCAUAUUUUGCCAUUAGUAUCAAUUGUGAGUGGGGUCAACGUCAUUAACUGAAGAUGGAGGGCUAAUACUGAAUGAUUUGGAGGUAUGAGAUAUGGAUUUGGUAGACAUCUAUGGGAAGUCACUGCUCAACAAAUGGCAGGAUAUCUUACGGUUAGUCAAGACUUGUCGAUAACUACAAAAUCCUCAAACUUAUAGAACUAGCAAUUAAGCCCUAUGGUAGCCACCUACGCUUCGGCCCCAGCUUUCACUAAACUUUCCAUCCUCAUCCUGUCCGUCACCCGGUUCUAAACUCCUCAAACUCAAGCAUUAACAGAGCUAAUUCAGUAUCUAGCCUCCAUCGUGUGAAUCCAAACCGCUACUUCCGUCUAAGUUGUUACAUAGUUGCCUUCAUCAUCAUAACCUACACUCUCACCAUAUCACUCAUUAUUGCAAUUCCUUGCGUCCCCACCAACCCUCAAAAUGGACAAUGCCUGAAUAAAUGUGGACUUUGGCAAGCAAUUUUCAAUAUACUUACUGAUUCUGCUAUUCUUAUACUUCCAUUAUAUAUGCUGUAUCUUUUGAAAUUGCCUUUAAGGCAGAAAUUAGCGGUUGGAUCUAUCUUUGGGACUGGUAUUUUGUGAGUCAUUCCUUGAGCCACUGAAUCUUGCUAGAGGUCAUUGCAGCUAAGCAUCUUUUUGGAAGAUUUGCUGACGUAUUAAAUGACAGUGUGAUAAUCAUCUGCAUCGUUCGCAUAACAUACAUUAUGGCACUACAAAAUAAUCCAGAUGUUCUAUACAUACAGGGCAAAGCAGCAAUAUGGUCGUUCGUGUUCCUUCUCUUUCAAGCCUUCUUCUACAUCGAAAGUCUCAUAUGAUUCCAAAACAACUAACCGUCUAUCAUUCUAGAUGCGUAGAUAUAAACAUCGGUAUCUUCUGCAACACACUCGUUGUCCUUCGCCCCUUCUUCCGCCAACAUUUUCCCGGUCUAUUCUCCUCACAGAUACUAUCUGAUGAUCAUCACCAUCAUCAUGAAAUACCUCAUCAUGAAAGAACUCAUCACGAAGCAAAUGUCAAAUCUGGAAAAAGAAGAAUUCUAAAAUUGAGGGAAGACCAUUCGUUGAGUGUUUUCGCGUUGAGUAAUAACCGAAUUGAUGAGAUAGAUAAACAAGCGGGGAUAUUGAGAAAGUUUGAGGUUAAAGUAGAGAGUUUUAGUAUAGAGGGGAGCAGUGGUGAUAGAGCACGUAGGAAUAGUGACGAAGAAUCGCUCAGGUAAAAAGAGACGCGGCGAGUGUGGGCGAGAUGAUUGAUCGUUUGGAAAAAGUACAUGGAUUAUGAAAGGAGAAAUAUUAAAAGUAGCACGACUGGUCAUUGUCGAAUAUGAUCAUAUGAAUGAAUGCCAGUAUUUCUUCGUAUCAAAUAUCGGAUAAGGCAAGCAAUAAGUUUGAAUUCAAUAUCAGCCCUUUAUUAAAUGUAAUUACCA